AUGAGAAAUCUUUGUUUAGCCAACAAUAUGAUAGAUAAAUUGCCCACUGAGAUCAUUCAUCAGAUCAUUGAUCUUUUGCCUACGCAGGAUAUACUCAGCAUUUGUUUGGUAUCCAAGCGGUGGUAUCGGCUUAGUUCCUGUCACUUGUACCGAAGCAUAAUUGUCACCGACAACCAUCCUUUCCAGAUCUCCAGAUAUCAAAACUUUGGAACAAUCUUAAUUUACAAUACUCAUCGGGACUUAAAGAAAACCACUACCACACACAGCCGGAUCGAAUUGUUGAAUCGGUCUUUCAAUGACAAUCCUUCACUUAUUACUCUUGUGGAACGAUUCACUACCGACAGAAAGAAAGUGUCAAAUGAUCUAAUACUUCUCUUGAACGCCAUCUGUACAAAAUCAUGUAACUUGAAGUACUUGGAAUACCCGCUAUCAUGGUUCAAGGAUGUAACAUGGAACAUUAAUUCAAAAGUAAUGGCCAAACCAGUUCUUCGGAACAUUUUGACGCCCAGUUUCAAUGAUAUCGAGGACUUGUCUGCUUAUUCCAACUUAGUAGUCCUCAAGGUUCUUGAGUCAAGAAUAUUAAACUCCGAUAAUCGAAUUUUUAAACCUAAUGAGUUAGAUAUAAUUAGGAAUUUGAAAUCUUUAGCCAUUGAGGACAUAUCGUUUGCUAAAAAAUUGAAGGAGAUUUUUGGACAGACGCAAGAGAAAAUCAAUAACUUGCGGUCAUUCACGUAUAAAAUUGAUUGCUUAUCAACUUUCCAGAAAGAUAAGUUUGACUUUGACGUGAUUUCCGGGGUGCUAAACUUUUCAUGCAUCAAGAAUUUCAAAUUGAUUAUUUGGUACACCGAAAAUAUUGAAAAAUAUGUGUUAGAUUUCCUUGAGAAAUUGAAUCCACAUUUGAUCAACUUUGAGAACUUUGAAUUGAAAAGAAAUAUCAUGGCGUACACUAUUGAGUCGGCCCAUUUUAACAACACUUUUACACUAACAAACAUAAACUAUAUGCUGUUUUUCAAUAGCAACUUACAAAAUCUCAAGAUAUUACAAUUGAGUGGAAAUUACGUGAAUAAAAGCUUUAUAGUGGAAAAUAAUAAAGAUUUGUUUGCUCAGAAUUUCACCAACAUAUUUCAAAAUUGCCAGAAUUUGAGAGUCCUAAUUAUUGAUGAGUUUAUAAAUAUCAAUAACAGCAGCAAAUUUUUGAAGUUUUUAUAUAAUUCUAUUGAGGAUGCUACCAUUCUUCAAAAUCUUCGUUCCAAGUUGAAAAAAUUAGCGACUUUUGGUUAUUAUCUGUUUUUCAUUGAUGCUUUUGAUGAGGGAUUCGAUGAGAAUGUUGAUUCUACGGAAUAUGACAUAAUCAAUUACGUGUUGGGGGAGCUUCGGUUGAAUUAUUUGAAAUUUAGUUCUCUUGACGAUCCAUCAUAUCAUUUCUUCAAAUUUGAUUUGGAAAAUGGUGAUCGGUCUGGUUUUAAAGAGAGAGUGAAUUACAUUAAAAAUCUUGAAAACUCCAUUGAUAUUCAUACCAAGUUCCAUCACAAAGAAAAAUCUUGGAAGUUUCGUGACAAGUGCAGUUGUCACUCGAAAGAUUAUUUGUGUAUUAUCGAUUUUUAUGCAAGAGACGAAAACUUUUGA